CGUCUCACUCGGCUGCUCCUGCCCGCCCACAGUACUUCACUCCAUAUCACGGCACAUUUUGCACUCCCAGGGGCCACUUCGCCCUCUCAACGGCCUGCUUGGCCCUGUCAACGGCACACUUGGCCCCCCACACCAGCAUAAUCAUUCCACCAAGACCUUAGUUUUGCCGGAAGCAAGACGUCCGUGGUUGUCGCCAUGAAGGGAGUGAUCCUUCUAACACUCUUAGGAGGAUGUUGGGCCGUGUACCCGAACUUGGAGUACAAGUACAAGUACAGUGGCAGGAUUGCCUCUGGUAUUCCAUCUCUCAAGGACCAGUACUCUGGAGCUGGUAUCCAGGCCGAUGUCACUAUCCAGAUAUCAAGUGAUCUCAAGACGUUCUUCAAGCUGAGUAACACAGAGGUCGGUGAAUACCACGACGAGUUGGAGUGUGACUCACGGGCCCCGCUGCCUAUUGAGUACCGGCCCCUGGUGGAGGGCAAGGGACUGCUGGAGAAGCCCUUCGAGGUCCAUACGGGCCAGCGGUUGGGAGAGGAAUACGUGAAGCUGCCUCAGGAACCAGCCUGGAUCACCAACAUUAAAAAAGCCCUCAUUAGAGUUUUCGGUGUUCCACCCCUGUUGGGACAUACCGGGGGACGUGUGAACGCCUUCAAGCAGACUACCUUCAGCGUGAACGAGACGAUGAUACAUGGAGAUUGUUUGAGCUGGUACUCUAUGAUCCACCUGAAUAAGGAGCAAGCAGCCCAGGAGGACCGUCUCAGGGAGGCAGCGAUGGAGGAAGACGUCCAACGUGACCAAGAAGACUUUGAAAGUUAUACGGCAUUAAAAGAUCCGUCGAAGAGUUCAAAAAGCCACAGUUCCAAGACUAGUAAGACGACCGGAACCAAAACGACAGGAUCGCAGACUGGUCCUGCCAAGCUCUCGGUUCCUGACCGUAUUGACAACACCCUCUGGAGAAUGACUCGAACUGUCGACUUUGAUUCCUGUGAAAAUCUUGUCCAAUGGAAGAUACACGGCAACAAGAAGACGGAUUCAUAUAUCGAACGCACUUCCGUCGGGACCUACCUGCUUCGAGGCGACCAGACAGACGUUCGUAUAGAAUAUGCUCUCAUCGAGGGCUCCAUCAGUGUGUUUACCGGCCAGCUGUCCUCUGAACAUAUCUCCACCUUCACUAAUCUGACGCUGGAGUUGAGAGCAGUUCGACGCAUUCAGAAACUGUUUACCAUUGACUAUGAGAGCCAGAAGCACCGGUCACUCAACUACCAAGUCGAUCUUCUAUCAUAUACUUCGGAAGGGCCACACCGGAAGGUACACCGCAGUGUGGAGGAGAAGAUCACGGGAAUAGUCUUCACUACUGAAAGAAUCACCGAAAUCAAGAACCUGAUCAUCAGCCGCAUCGAUGAAAUAGCCAUAAGACUAACCACUCGUCCGUUCAGCAACGACCUGCUGGUUAGCGACAUGAGCCUCCUGGUGGAGGCUGCAUCUGUUCUCAGUCGACCAGAGAUCGAUGAAGUGUAUUCCAAGAUAGACCCAGACGACCUGUACAUUAGAAAAAUAGAUAUAUUCUUCGAGGUGCUGAUCACAGCCGGCACUGAGCCUGCUGUAAGAUUCCUACUGGAUAAGUUCAGGGAACCAGAAUUCAAAAAAGACCAUUUCGAAGUUAUGCACAGUUUCUUAGACUCCUUUGCAACCUCUGUCAAAGACGCUCAGCUCAUUUCCGAAUUAAUCGAUCUGGAACAAUCACUUACUUGGGAUGAAGACGAUCAACUCUUGAAGAUCUCUGCGUUGGGGAACUUGGCUUCGCUGGCCAAGCAAUUGUGUCUGUUCUCUGACAAGUGGGAAUCUUUCGGGAACUACGCCUGUGAUCCUCAGUAUACCUGUUCCCCAGAUAUCGUCUUUGACAACUUCCUUCCAGCACUGAUUCAAGGCGUUCAGGAUGAGGAAUCACCUGUAUGGAGAAGACUGGUGUACAUCCAAGCACUUGCCAAUCUGGGCGCUCCUCAGAUCAUCAACAUUCUCAAGCAUUUCGUUCUUGGAGACAAAGAAAGGAGUCUGGUCCUGAGGAUGAAUGCUAUCCUUAGCCUCACUACGGUGUAUCUUCAAAAAGCGGCCCACAAUGAGGUGUUCAGCCUCCUGAUGCCAGUGUUUGAGAACACCGGGGAACACUACGAAAUCCGCAUGACUGCUUUUCUGGCCAUGAGCACCUAUGAACCCAGCCUCACAUGGUGGGAGCGGAUGGCUGUCUCUACCUGGCAUGAUCCCUCAUCCCAAGUGGCCAACUACGUCUCUUCCACAAUCACCUCUCUCGCUAAUGCCAAAUAUCCCUCGUCCAGAAAUGCUGCACUUGUGGUACCCUUGACCAAGCCACCAGCUCACCUCUCCCUCAUGCACUCUGCCAUGAGUUACCUCAACGAUUACCUCUACAACUGCAAGUCGAAGACCCGCCUUUCCUUCGGGUGGCUGAGCAGUGUGAAGGGCGUCUUCCCCUCUAAGCUCCUCCUGCACCUGCAGAUAAACACCUUGCUCGGAUUCACCAGAGAGAUCAGAGCGAUCAUUCACGAAGAAGGUGUAAAUAAUUUUAUGAGAACGAUAGCCGUUCGCUUAAACGGGACGAUUCAAAGCAGUGAAAUUGAAAUUGUUCAAGAAAUGUUUACUGAAAUCAUGGAACAACUGGACUUCAUAUAUCACGAGGAGCCUUCAGAUAUCCGAUUCUAUGCCAAGUAUAGGGAUUCAAUAUCCCUUUAUCUACAUCAAAGCAACAGUUACUUAAAUUCCCUGGUGGCAUCGUCGGUCCCCAACAUGAAGCGGGACGUGGAAUACAUUGAGGUGCUGCCUACCGACCUUGGUCUUCCCUUCAUGAUUCAGUACACUGAACAAAACGCCUUGUGGAUUGAACAAACUGAUGCAGACAUGAAGUUGAUAUCCGGUGUAUUGCAAUACAACUCAUAUCUUACCAUUGACUACAGCGAGGACAACACACUGGAGACCAAGACGCUUUUGCCAUGGUCACAGAAGUCCGCCGUGGGAGCUGGUCUCCAUAAUGCAUUCUCAUUGGUCCUCCCUUUUCACAUUCCCUUCGGUGAUCUUCCGGAAAACAUGAUACUACUUUACUUUGAACCUCUACACAAUAGCACGGUCCAGUUGCUCAACUCUCACAACUACCCAUUCACUGUGAUGACUGGCCCCUUCCCCACCGCUGUCCACACCCAACACUCUGAGUACAAGAAGAUCAGCGCCGUUCCCUUGGAAAAUUUCGUGCAGCGACGUGGUCACGCACUACCAUCUCUCAUCGGUCUCUCGGUUGAGACCUACUGGUCAGCAGACUUUCCGCAUCCAACCACCAUUUUCAGCGAUGAUGUCGAUCCGUUCACUCCAGCCUACAAGAGUUGGAACUACAGUCUGGUGUGGGACCCGAUGACUUCUACAACCAAGACUAUCAAUCUUACCUUUACACAUGUGAAGUUGGAGAAGUCAGAGGAUGAAGUGCAAGGUGAAAACUUGGAGCAGUUUGACCAAGAAACACAGGGAGUGGCCGACAAUGUCGACUUUUCACAGACAUCAAAUAGUGGAGAUUUGCAAUUCCAGUUUGGUCAAGAAGAAACCGAAGCGUUUGGGCAGCAGCCUGGUACUCAGUCUCGACAGCGCAUAUUAAAAUUACAAGAGGAAUUUAUGCCUGUUACAGGUGGAAUCGUACAGAGCAUCAGCGUGGGCGUGGAGCUCGAUGGUUCCCUCGCCAGGAGCUACGAGGUCAUAGUAACGUGGGCCGUCAGCAAAUCCACCAGCCAGAUCUCCACCAAAGUCCAACUAUCGCUAAUUAAAAACCCCUCUGCGGGCACUUUUGAAGAGCCUCACAUGACUUGCUUCAAUGUUCAAGUGCUGAAGCCAAGAUUCCUUCCUCUUGCAACUGUUGAGGAAGUGUUAUCUGCAAAUUUGCAAUCCUCCAUUGAAGCAGAAAUUUAUGAUGGUGUAUCAUGCUCAUCAACACCUGUUCUUGAAGUGCAGGGCACCUUAGACGUGAGCGACGAGGUCAUCCGUCGCCUGAGGGAGGAAGUGGCCAAGGACUGUGACCUCGCAGACUCCAAUCUCCUGACCAUAGAUGUCAUCACCUCUCCUCUCUACGACCACGCCCACUUCACAGCAAAAUGGACUGAGGACUAUCCAGUUUUCUUGAAGAACCUCAGUUAUCGUAUUGAUGACAUCAUACAGCACGCGCUCUUCCCCCUCACAUCCUACGACCACACCGCCACCAACCCUCAACACACCAUAGAUAUUGAUGCCACUAAAUGCUUAAACAGCAACAAGUGGACCGUAAGAGUCGUGAGACCACAAAUGGUCGCCAUUACCAAAGAACUGUCGCCACCUGCCAUUCUCCAGGAGUUUAUAGGGCCAGCGGAAAUACGUCAAAUAUUCAGUUACAACUUCAUACAUGGACGCACAUCAUUCACAUGCGUUGUUGAGACGACUAAGGUGAGGACACAUGACGGGGUGGAAUUCCCUUACCACCCAGAUAGGUGCUGGACGACACUCUCUGUUGGUCUCCCUGAGAAAAAUAUGGGUGAAAACAAGACUGAGGCAGUUCUGAUGGCUCGCUACACCGACCAGUGGGAGGUUCGCUUCGUGUGGAAGUGGGCGGGUUACCUCUACGAAAUAACCAAAUCCCAGUUGCAAGUGAAUGGCGAACCAUACGAAGCAGGAAACGAGUUGAUUACGUUCAUCGAACAAGAGGAUGCCAGUUUGUCUAUUAUCAAUUACAUUGGAAUUAUUAUUAAAAUAUCAGACAAGAUUGAAGUUAUUCACUCAAACAAUGCACUCAGAGGAGUUGACGGACUGUGUGGGAGAAUGGACGGAGAGAGGACCGGUGACCUGGUGGGCCCUCAAGGAUGCAUCUACACCGACCCCAAACUCUUCGCCUUGGCCUGGACAACCAAAGGUGAUGGCUGCGCCCAGUUCAGCCUUCGGGCUAAAAAGCGAGCGGUGGAGAACUUCCAGGAGGUGUGUCCCCGCGAGUCCCAUGUCCCCACCAGUGUCUCCCACCCCAAUGUUGUAUAUGACUGCACGGAAUGGCAAUACAUAGAGAGGUUUACUGGAGGGUACAGUUGCAAGGCAACUGUCCCAACACCAGCGUGCAAGGAGACAUGCAAGGAAGCUGGCUCCACCAUGAAGCUUAUCCAGUAUGACUGUCAGCUCUUCCAGGAGAUAAGAAAUACCACUACCCAGCAGGAGUGCUACCAACAUGCUAUGGUCACCACCUUCCCGGCCUCCUGUGUGCCCUAGAGCCUGCAUGGUCCGGUCACUACUUAUACACAAUAUUGCCAAGAAGCGUUAUCUAUUGAUUCAUCCAAUAUCCGGCCUCUGAUUACGUGUACAAAAUGUGGCCUUGUGCUCUCACAAACUUUUCACGUUUCCUAUAUUUAUUUUGCUGAUGGCCUGAGGAAUAAGAUAAAAAUAUAACCAAAACUUUACUAGGACUGAUUUAUAUGUAUAAAUUUAUAAUUUAUAUGUAGUAAAUUAGUCAUUUGGAUUCACAUGUUAGCCCUAUGAAUGCAUAUGUCAGACCUAGGGAAAUAGGUUAGAAUGAUAGUGUAAUUUUUGCACUUCUAAAUUUCCUAAUAUGCACAUUUCUCCUUGUAUUUAAGACAUUUUAUCCACCGGCUGUCACAACGUUUCUUCGCAAAUACUUCUCCCAUGUGCCCUGUAUAUUAUAAUUAUCAAACGGAUUUGAAUUACAUCACUGUGUGAUAUUUGGCAAUAAUAUCGUUAUAUAAUAAAUGUUAUAUAUGU